GAAAGAAGAAGAAGAAGAUGAGGAUGAUGGUGGCUGUAGACGAGAGUGAGGGCAGCUUCUAUGCUCUCAACUGGGCCCUUAACAACUUCUUCCCCGCCUUCACAACGGCCGAGGAGUUGGGCACCUUCACCGUCGUCCACGUCCAGCAACCUUUCCAGCCUUACAUCUUUGCCGCCGGACCUGUGUUGGAGGUAGCACGGGAAGGUCAAGAAAAGCAAGCUGCGUCCAUAUCAUCUCGUGCAUUGGAGAUGUGCAAAGGAAAGAUGGUUAAAGCGGAGACUCUAAUUCUGGAAGGAGACCCCAAGGAGAUGAUUUGUCAAGCAACAGAGAAGAUGCAGGUUGAUGUUUUGGUGGUGGGUAGCCGUGGACUUAGCACCAUUAAAAGGGCCUUCCUGGGAAGCGUAAGUGAUUACUGUGCACAUCAUGCCAAAUGCCCCAUCCUCAUUGUGAAGCCACCCUCAGAGUCCCAUAACAAGAAGUAG